AUGAUAAAGCUCUUUAAAACAAAACAGGCCAUCAAGUAAUUCUAAGAUUUCACAAUUUCACAACACACUUAAAGCAAAUGUACAUUUACAAUACUAAGUAAGUAAUUUCUAUUUGAAGAUUAGAAACCCAUAAUAUCAAUUUUCUAUUCAAUAAUUUUUUCCUACUUUUGACAUCAAAAUUUAUAAAAAAGAGUAUAUUUAAGAGGUUCUAAAUAUUUAAAUAUUUUCGCCUAUAAAUUAUUUAAAUAAAACUCACAUUAUAAUAGUUAUUGCGAAUCGAGAAAAAAACAAUUGUUGAAAAUUUAAUAAAUAAUGAAUAUAUAAAAAAUCAUUAUAUAAUUUGAUAUGCUUUCCUUAUUGUUCUUUUUAAGAAUGGUAUACUUAAAUGCUGAAAAUCGAUUUGAAAUUAUAUACAAGGCUUUCAGUGAAGAUAAUUUCAAUAAAAAGGUAUAUAAAAGUAAUUAUAAUUUAGGAUGGCAUAUUGAAGACAGCAAUAUCGCAAUAUUAUCCAGAAAAUGUGGUAAUGAGACUUUUUUUGGAGUUUAAUGAACAUUCCCUUGUAAUACAUUAAUUACUUACAAUUCAAGUCUUCCUCCUCACUAUUAAACAAAUUAAGUUUCAUUUUUAUUUUUGA